AUGUCUUAUGGCUACGGGGGGUCAAGCUCACGCAAUGUUGAUUUGGGCAAAUCAGAGACCGACCUCGCAAUCAACAUCCGAAAAGCAACAAGCAUAGAAGAGACUGCGCCCAAACGCAAACACGUCCGAGCAUGCAUUGUCUACACAUGGGACCAUAAAUCGUCCCAGUCGUUCUGGGCGGGCAUGAAAGUGCAACCCAUCCUCGCCGAUGAAGUGCAGACGUUCAAAGCUUUGAUUACCGUACAUAAAGUCCUCCAGGAAGGGCACCCAAUUGCAGUGAAGGAAGCGCAGGCGAAUAUAAAUUGGCUGGAAAGCCUAACAAGAGGUGUUACCGGAGAAGGACUUCGAGGAUAUGGACCUCUGCUACGAGAUUACGUCUACUUCCUCUUAGCCAAAUUGGCGUUCCACAGGCAGCAUCCCGAAUUCAAUGGGCUUUUUGAAUAUGAGGAGUACAUCAGCCUGAAGUCGAUCAAUGACCCCAACGAAGGAUAUGAGACAAUCACAGACCUUAUGACUCUUCAAGACCAGAUCGAUACCUUCCAGAAACUCAUCUUUGCCCAUUUCAGAGGCGGUGCCAACAACGAAUGCAGAAUUUCAGCGCUGGUUCCUUUGGUGCAAGAAAGUUAUGGCAUCUACAAAUUCGUCACAAGCAUGCUGCGAGCAAUGCAUACUACUACUGGAGAUGACGAGGCCCUAGAACCUUUGCGCUCGAGAUACGAUACACAACAUUACCGUCUUCUAAAAUUCUACUACGAAUGCUCAAAUCUCCGAUAUUUGACUAGCCUAAUCCAAGUACCCAAGCUACCGCAGGAACCACCUAGUCUCUUCGGCGAAGAUGAGGAUCGGCCGGCUUUACCACGCCGGCCAGCGAAAGAAGUGGAGAAGAAAGAGGAGCCAGCCCCCCCGAGAUCGCCUCCUCCCGGUAAUGCUCCGGACCCUGAACCAAUCAAUGAGUUCUGGAAGAACGAACAGCGAAGGCAGCAAGAGGAAUACGAUGCUGAGCAACGACGAUUACAGGAUCAAUGGAAUCAACAACAAUAUCAGCAACAAUUGGCGCAGCAACAAGCAGAGCGUGACUUUGAAGAGCAGCGACGGUUGCAAGAGGAGCAGCAACGGCUCGCUCAAGAGCAGCUAAUGAGAGAACAGUAUCAAGCUCAGACGCACGGCCGAAUGGCUGAGUUAGAACAGCAAAAUCUCAAGGCUCGUGCCCAAUACCAACAAGAUCAGUUGAUGCUAGAACAGUACGAUCGUAGGAUGAAGGAUUUAGAGAACCAGCUGAGUCAGCUAAACAACAACUUUAACCAGCAAAACUCCUCGAAAGACGACCAGAUUCGCUCGCUCCAAGAGCAAGUCAACACAUGGAGGACAAAGUACGAAGCGCUCGCCAAAUUGUACUCCCAGUUACGGCACGAACAUCUCGAGCUACUGCAGAAGUUCAAAAGCGUCCAACUCAAAGCGGCGUCAGCGCAAGAAGCGAUUGACAAGAGGGAGAAAUUAGAGCGCGAGAUCAAGACCAAGAAUCUUGAGCUAGCAGAUAUGAUUCGAGAGAGGGACAGAGCUCUUCACGAGAAGGAUCGGGUUACAGGGGGCAACAGAGAGGAAGUGGAGAAGCUUAAGCGCGAGCUUCGAUUUGCCCUCGAGAAGGCAGACAACGCGGAACGUGCCAAAGGUUCCGAGCUGUCUUCGAUGCUGGCAAAGUACAACCGGGAAAUGGCUGACCUCGAGGAAGCUUUGCGGAACAAGACUCGAUCUUUUGAUGAUAUUCACUCGAAGUAUGGAGAGCGGGACGGGGAUCUCGAGCGGAGCCUUCGUGAAAAAGAAGAGGAGCUCGAGAUCUACAAGUCGGGCAUGGACCAGACUCUGCUCGAGCUCAACGAACUGAGGAUGAAUGGCGGAGAUACAGACAAAGCUCUUGAUGAGCAAAUCGACCAGGUCCUUUUGGGCAACAUCCAAAAGAUCAACGACAUAAUCGACUCCGUGCUACAAAGUGGAGUUCAGCGUGUCGAUGACGCUCUCUAUGAGCUCGACUCGUCAAUGCAAGCAGGAAACCAAAACGCCUCGGCUCCAUAUGUCCUCUCUCAAAUCGAGAAAGCAUCCGCCAGUGCUACUGAAUUUUCAACAGCGUUCAACAAUUUCAUCGCUGAUGGGCCCAAUAGCCCUCAUGCUGACAUUAUCCGUACUGUGAGCGUAUUUGCCGGCUCAAUAGCAGACGUGCUCAGCAAUACGAAAGGGCUCACCCGUUUUGCCACCGAGGAGAAGAAAGCCGACCAGCUCACAAAUGCUGGCCGCCAGUCUGCCCAGUCUACAGUGAAAUUUUUCCGUGCGCUCCAGUCAUUCCGUUUGGAAGGCUUAGAAGCUACCCAGAGGACCGACGUCGUUAUCAACAACAACCACGAAGUACUGAUGAACCUUCAAAAGCUCUCUAAGCUUGCAGACGCUUUCGCUCCCAACUCCGGGAAAAUCACAAACGCAAAGGGCGACCUUGGAGAUCUAGUAGAUACAGAAAUGACGAAUGCCGCGAAGGCUAUUGAUGCCGCUGCAGAACGUUUGAACAAGCUCAUCAACAAGUCUAGAGAAGGCUACAGCACUUACGAGCUCCGAAUCCACGAUAGCAUCCUCCAAGCUGCGAUAGCAGUCACCAAUGCCAUCGCUCAGCUGAUCAAAGCCGCCACUGCUUCCCAGCAGGAAAUUGUCAAGGAGGGCCGCGGCUCCUCUUCGCGAACAGCUUUCUACAAAAAGCAUAAUCGGUGGACGGAGGGGCUCAUCAGCGCCGCGAAGGCUGUUGCUUCGUCCACCAAUACACUCAUCGAGACGGCGGAUGGUGUUAUCAGCAACCGGAACAGCCCAGAGCAACUCAUUGUCGCCAGUAAUGACGUAGCAGCUUCUACUGCACAACUUGUGGCGGCGAGUAGAGUUAAGGCAAAUUUCGGCAGCAGGACGCAGGAUCGACUUGAAGAAGCCAGCAAGGCAGUCGGCAGAGCAUGUAGAAGUUUAGUCAAACAGGUACAAGACAUCAUUAGUCAAAGAAACAGGGAAGAGGGAGAGGACGUGGACUACGCGGCUUUGAGUGGACACGAGUUCAAGGUCAGAGAGAUGGAACAGCAGGUUGAGAUUUUGCAACUGGAGAAUAAUCUUGCACAGGCUAGGCAGAGACUGGGUGAGAUGAGAAAGAUUUCUUAUCAGGAGGACUAG